AUGCUUAUGGAGGAGAAGAAGAUUUUGUUUGGCACGCUAAACUUAGCACAUUUUGCUCAAUCUGCGGGGAUUGGAUUUGAGGGUCGUCACCCUGGUCGCGAUCUGGCGAGCGGUUACAUGAAAAACUCGGUUGGAAAUACAAAGAACGAGACUUGCCACCUUUAA